GAGAGAGAGAGAGAGAGAUAGGCACUUAGUGACUUUCGAAGUUUGUUUGUGUAUUAUCUUUGUAUUUCACAGUAGAUUUCCAGACUAUAUAUACAUAUAUAUAUAUAAAAUAUUUAUGAGGAUUAAAAGGAGUCGAUGUAAUUUUAAAUGGAUGGAUGACGACUAGGCAAAUACGAGAUGUCUGGGGAAGCUCGGUCGUGUCAGCGUGGCUCCAUGUGUUCACCGCUCUUCUACCACAGUAACUCAGCGGUGGGAAGCAUGUGUUUCAGACUACUUGAGAGGAAGAGCUGAUUUCUGGAGGGAAACAGCAAAAGAGUGAGAGACACGGAGGGAAAUAUGAGUUUGCCAACGGGCUGUUUCUUUCUUCCACCCACUGACCGCACUUUUAAAGUUCGGAACGUCAAUCUUUGUGGCUCAUCAUGUGCUGUCAACUGUCCGAUUGACAUUGUGCAGAAACGCAGGCGUUUCGAUGUGGAGAAUGGGUUGUCGAUCGGCCGCAGUCCAUUGGACCUCAGUCCAGGCUCAGGUCUGGUCCUCCAGGCCAACAGCCAGAGGCGAGAGUCUUUCCUCUACCGCUCGGACUCAGAUUUCGACCUCUCGCCCAAGUCGAUGUCCAGAAACUCCUCGAACGCCAGCGAGCUUCAUGGGGAGGACAUGAUUGUAACGCCGUUUGCUCAGGUUCUUGCCAGUCUACGUACAGUGAGAGGUAAUGUUGCAGCUUUAACCCAUGUGCAAGACAUAAACAACAAGAGACUCGCUAACCCUCAGUCAGCCUGUAAAACAAGCCUGUCCGAUGAGACAUAUCAGAAACUUGCCGUCGAGACUCUUGAAGAGCUGGACUGGUGUUUGGACCAGCUAGAGACCCUGCAAACACGUCACUCCGUUAGUGAAAUGGCCUCCAAUAAGUUUAAAAGAAUGCUCAACAGGGAACUGACUCAUCUGUCAGAGACCAGCCGGUCAGGAAACCAGGUGUCAGAGUUCAUAGCAAGCACAAUUUUACAAAAGCAGCAUGAUGUGGAGAUUAUGUCAGCAGCAUAUAAGGAGGAGAAAAAACGCCGUCCAAUGUCUCAGAUAAGUGGAGUGAGAAAACUGAGCCCCAGUCCGAGUCUCCCUCCAACAGGAAUCCCUCGAUUCGGUGUCAACACACAACAUGAGAGCCUCCUGGCCAAGGAGCUUGAGGACGUCAAUAGUUGGGGAAUAGAUAUUUUUAAGAUAGCAGAGCAUUCUGGGAAUCGGCCACUGACGGUCAUAAUGUACUCCAUUUUUCAGGAGCGAGAUUUGCUCAAGACCUUUAAGAUCCCAUCGGACACCUUCUUAACUUUCCUCAUGACUUUGGAAGAUCACUACCAUCUGGACGUGGCCUACCAUAACAAUAUCCACGCUGCAGACGUUGUGCAGUCCACACACGUUCUGCUCUCCACACCUGCCCUAGAGGAUGUGUUCACAGACCUUGAGAUCAUGGCUGCUCUGUUUUCGAGUGCUAUUCAUGAUGUGGACCAUCCAGGAGUGACGAACCAGUUCCUUAUUAACACAAACUCUGAACUGGCUCUCAUGUAUAAUGACGCCUCAGUGUUGGAGAACCAUCACUUGGCUGUGGGCUUCAAGCUUCUCCAGGAGGAGAACUGUGAUAUCUUCUGCAACCUCAGCAAGAAACAACGACAGUCCCUGCGACAGAUGACUAUAGAUAUGGUAUUAGCCACUGAUAUGUCCAAACACAUGAAUCUCCUGGCUGACCUGAAGACAAUGGUGGAAACUAAAAAAGUGACCAGUCUGGGAGUCUUGCUGCUGGAUAACUACUCCGACCGGAUACAGGUGCUUCAGAAUAUGGUUCACUGCUCAGACCUCAGCAACCCCACGAAACCCCUGGAGCUCUACAGACAGUGGACCGACCGCAUCAUGGUGGAGCUCUUCAGUCAGGGGGACCGAGAGCGUGACAAGGCCAUGGACAUCAGCCCCAUGUGUGACAAACACACAGCUUCUGUGGAAAAAACUCAGGUGGGGUUCAUCGAUUACAUUGUCCAUCCUCUGUGGGAGACAUGGGCUGAUCUGGUCCAUCCAGAUGCUCAAGACAUUCUAGAUACAUUAGAGGACAACCGCGAAUGGUAUCAGAGCAUGAUCCCCCGCAGCCCGUCGCCCACCCCUGAAGAGCAGGACUCACGGGCCACGCUGGGCGUCACAGGCUCAGCCGGAGAAAAGUUCCAGUUUGAGCUGACUCUGGAGGAAGAGGACGGGGAGCUAGAGGCUGAAGAAGAGCAGACAGAUGCAGACAGAUCAAGGACUAAAACAGAUCCCAUGCAUCCGCAAGCCUCCCCUCGCGGAGUCACGUCCGUUAUAGACAGCAACGAAAGCGAACUGGACCAAGAAAUGACCAGCGAGUCCGUCCUGCAGUUAGAAACUUAACAAGGGCCAGUACUAAGAGUGCUGCUUCACUUGUGUUUCUUAGUGGCACUUACGAAUACUUGGGGGUCGAGUCGAGCCAUACACUAAAAACUAAAAACAGACCAGUGUUUUUAAGCUAUAUUUGUGUCCCAGACACAACCUUUUGUGAAAGCACUGAGGUGGAAGGUGUAGAUGAAUGUUUUCGUGCUCUCAUGUGAGAGUCGCAUUGAGUGACUGUCCGUGCCAGCUGCAGCGGAAAGCUGAUUUACUCAUUUAGUGAACAUUUUCCCUCUCGACUCAUUUUUCCUAGCUUACUGCGUUCGCUUUUUUGCCACUGAGAAAUAACUUUGGCUUUGAAUGAAACGGGACAGCUGUGAGAAAUAUUUAAGGCAAGACACCACAAGUGAACAGAGUAAAGAGAUAUUAACUAAUUCUAAUACUAACUAAUCACCAUACUUCCCCAGCUGAUUAAUCACUGUGGAUUAAUAAUAUGUAUUACAAGUUUUCUGAAAUGUUAUGUUAAAAUAUGUAAAUGAAGCAUUAUAUAACUCAAGUCUGCACUCAUUUCCAGAACAGAAAUCUGAACAUUGGUUCAAAAUAAAUUUUGGAUUUCUCUUUUUAUCACUCCAUAAAUUAGAAAAUACUGUCAACAAACAAAAUUGUAUAUAUAUAUAUAUAUAUAUAUAUAUAUAUAUAUAUAUAUAUAUAUAUAUAUAUAUAUAUAUAUAUAUAUAUAUAUAUAAAUAAAUUCACUAUGAUUUUAGGUAAAUGUUAUGUAAAUCAAGUGAAUUGCAGUAUAUAUACAUACAUACACACACACACACACACACACACACAAACCUCUCUGUAAAAACUUUAUAUGUUGACUGUGUAGCAUGGUGUAUAUACGUGAUGCUAAAGUGGAGAUUUCUGACUUUUAAAUAAAAGGCAUUUGAAAUUAUGUAUUGUAAUUGAUAUCUACAGACAAAAAUAGAUAAUGUGUAAUAAAUGAACACUUUAAUAUUAAUUUGUAUGUUUUCUUUCCAUUAGUCUGAAAGAAGACAAGGGAUGCAGAAUUUACAAAAUAAUGAUAAUAAUAAUGGUUUUGCUUGUAGUGUCUUGCCUAGUGAUAACUUUGUGAUUGCUGACAACCUCAGGAUAAUGUUGAUUUCGUUUUAAUGUAGCAAGACUCCAAAGGGGCGGUCACUAAACUAUCUGUCUAUAAUCUUGUUAUGAACACCAAAAAAAGAAGAAAAAAAUGUAAUGUAAAAGCCAAAAUGUUGGGCUAAUCAGACAACCGUACAGAGAAUCCCUUUAGACGCUUCUUUGUACUGAAAUACCUUUAUACCUCUCUACACGUUAGCACUAUGUAGACAUUAUGAUUAUCGGAAUUGAAACAGGGUUGAUAUUUUAUCAGAUUAACUAAUAAACUACAAGUUUAUCAAGCGAUGACAACUCUAAAUUUGACACAUGCACGAGUGAAUCAGUGUUUUAUGUUGAUUUACUCUGCUAUGCCCAUGAUAGAGAUCGAAAGAUUGGAGAUUGCUUCUAGCUGCCUCCGCUGGGUGCUAUCAAGAGCUGAUGUGGAUCUGACAUCUUUCCUGGUUUUGUAGUUACUGUAGGUGGAUUUAAAGAGGAAGUUCUGGUCUAGAUCAGCACAAACAACCCUUACACUGAGCCAGACGCAUGUCCAGCUCACACAAGGGCUUUGAAUUACUGAUCCUUAAGAUCCUGCUCUCAUAUUGUCAUCCGUUUCAGAGAUCUUUGCCUCAAAAUAUGCCAGAAACAGGAGGAAUUUGAGUUUCAUUUUAAAUAUGGUAAACUAAACUGCAUAAACCAAACCGUGGGCAGAGACAAUUGUUUAGAAUAAAUAAAUAAAUCAAAGUUAUACAUUUGAAUUUGUUAAGAUUGACCAAAUGUAAAAUUACUAUUUCAUUAUUAAUUCUUCUAAUGGUUGGAAAUCGAGAUCAGUAACAAGAUUAUAUAUUAAUGAUUUCCAUUUAAUAUUAUAUUAUGUGUUUUAUUUAUUGGGGUUAGGCUACCUCUUUUUUUUGACCAAUCAGAAAAAGCUUGACAGACUGGUCUGAAAUGGAUUAUUUUUAUAUGUAAAAGCUGAGAAAUGACACACUUCACCUUUAGAAUGUUAAAAACAUUGAACUGUGAUACAUACAUUUUGUAAUUAAAAAAAAAAAAAAAAAAAAAUUCCCUCUUUAAGAGUAAGCAGCGCUGAAGAGAAUCUGUAGCGAGACUGAUGUUAAAUGCUAAGUGUCACUUGAUCCAGUAGCCUUGGCCACACUCGUUCUCAGAGAUUAGAAAUCAAGAGCCUUAAAGCACAGCCCUUUAGCUUCAGUGCCAUUACAGCAGCAACUGUGAAACAUUUAUAGUGUCUAAACUGUAUUUGCUGUAUGAUAUUACUGAACUGUGUCUUCUUCUCUGUAAUAAUGUGUUUCUAAGCAUCCUCUGUAUGUUAGUAUUACUGACACUGUCAAAUAUACACUGACACUGGUCACAUCUGUUCCAGAUAAAGUCGGUUUAUCACAGUGUGUUUGUGUUCUCCAAUGUCAGGGGCAAAAAUACUUAAUUUUUAAUUUUCUGAAUUGCCAUUAAAAUAAUUAAAUAAUG